AAACAGGCUAAAUAUGGAGCCACAAAAAUGCUAAAUCCAAUCCACUAUCCAAUUUACUUUCACGUUUUCACGUCUGCUCUUCCGUGGUCCUCCUGUGUCCACGACCCGCCGAAUUCCGUUGCUGGAAAAGACACCGUGACACCUACUUACACCUAAUUUAAUCAUGCCUACUGUGGGAGUUAAAGCCGCCUUACUCUUCGAUGUGCUGGGAAGAACAUACACGGAAGAGGAGUUCGCGGAUCUGUGCUUCGAGUACGGCCUGGAGCUUGACGAAGUGACGAGCGAGAAACAGAUGCUGUCCAAAGAAAGGGGAGAAGACAAAUCGGAAGGAGCGUCCGAGGAAGUGAUCUUCCGCAUCGACAUUCCGGCCAAUAGGUAUGACCUGCUCUGCCUGGAGGGAAUUGCAAGAGCCCUGCUUAUAUUCAAGGGAAAGAUUUCCUCGCCACGCUACCUGGCGACCACUCCCGACGCCUUGCAGACGAUCACGGUGCUUCCAGACACGGCGCGAGUGCGUCCCUUCGUGGUGGCGGCCAUCUUGCGCAACCUGCGCUUCACCAAGGACAGCUACAACAGCUUCAUCGAUCUGCAGGACAAGCUGCACCAGAACAUCGGAAGGAAGCGCUCCCUGGUGUCCAUCGGAACCCACGACCUGGACACCAUAGAAGGCCCUUUCCGGUACGACGCCAGAGCGCCCGAGGACAUUCGCUUCGUGCCCCUGAACGACACUGUGGAACGGACAGCCAAAGAACUCAUGGAGCUCUACGCCAAGGACAGCCACUUACGGCACUACCUGCACAUCUUGAGGGACAAGCCGGUCUACCCCGUCAUCCUGGACAAAAAUGACACCGUGCUCUCUCUGCCACCCAUCAUCAACGGAAACCACUCCAAGAUCACCCUUGACACCAAGAAUGUCUUCAUCGAGGUGACCUCCACAGACCUACACAAGUCCAAGGUGGCUCUGGACACCCUUGUCACCAUGUUCAGCCAGUACUGUGCGACACCUUUCGUCGCCGAGAAAGUGCAAGUGGUGAUGCCCGACGGAACUACCUCUGUGCAUCCGGAACUAAAGUAUUGGGAAAUGGACCUCAAGGCCAGCCAGGCUAACAAGUUUCUUGGCAUUGAGAAGAGCGAGUCCGAGCUGGCACGCCUGCUGACGCGAAUGGGGCUGGGCGCCAAGGAGGGUGGUGGCGGCACACUGAGGGUGGAGAUCCCACCUACGCGCCACGACGUGCUGCACGUGGCGGACCUCCUGGAGGACGUGGCGGUGUCGGUGGGCUACGACCAGAUACCCCGGCACCUGCCGCCCACGGCCACCGUGGCCAGGCAGUUCCCCCUCAACAAGCUCACCGAACAGCUGCGCUCGGAGCUGGCUCAGGCCGGCUUCACCGAGGCACUCACCUUUGCUCUGUGCUCCAAGCUGGACAUCUCGGACAGAAUUCUGAAGCCCGAGGGGGACAAGAUUGCGGUUCACAUUUCCAACCCCAAGACUCUGGAGUUCCAGGUGGCGAGGACGACCCUGCUGCCGGGCCUGCUGAAAACUGUGCACGCCAACAAGAACAUGCCCCUACCCCUCAAGCUGUUCGAGGUGCAGGAUGUCGUGCUCAGGGACACAGACUCAGAAGUGGGAGCCAUCAACCGGCGACACGUCUGUGCCAUCCACUACGGCAAGACUCCCGGCUUUGAGGCAGUGCACGGCCUCCUGGACAGGGUGAUGCAACUGCUCGAAGUCUCGUUUGGACACGGGGACGACCAGUACCACAUAAGGCAGGCCAAAGACGAGAGCUUCUUCCCCGGUCGCUGUGCGGAGGUGGUGGCUCGUGGCAGCGUGGUGGGCAGGCUAGGAGUGCUCCAUCCAGACGUCAUCACGGGCUUUGACCUGGCGCUGCCGUGCGCUGCCCUCGAAAUUAAUCUGGAGCCAUUCCUCUAGCCUCGACGACAAGAAUAAAGGAUACUCGGUUUAUGCGCACA